GAUUCAACUAUUCCCAGCUUUGCGACGAACUAGACGCGAAUUUGUCUAAGUUCGCAUCACCCAUUUGUCCUACCACCCUUUGUCGCCUCCACAUCAACCUUUUAAAUCGUUGUAUAGCUGAGGUUCGCGAUUGCGCACCUACGCAAAGCGACCUCCAGCUAUUCUUCCCCAGCCUUUUUUUAACUCUCGUUUCAUUUUCCAACUCCUUCAUCACCGUCCAUCGAGCAAGCAAGCAAGUAAGCAAGCAAGGAAACAAGCAGACCAAGCUUGUAGCCAAUGCCUUGGCUUACUUGCUAGCCACUUUCAUUUUCACUCUUAUUCCAGCUCGUCACUGUCCGAACUAAAUAGAGUCCGAAUUACGCAGCAGUGACCUGCAUUAAUCCAACAUGGCUCCGAAUCGCGGUUCCGCCAACCGAGACGAUGUUUACAUCCACGAAAUCGAUCGAACCCCGGAGUAUGAAGAAUUUAUCCGGAAACUCACAGCUUUUCACGAGGAACGAGGCACCUCGUUCGAGCCCGAACCUCGGCUCCCCACCAUGAAUGGCCACGUGAAUGUUGACUUGUUCAAGCUCUACAAGGCUGUUAUAGAGAAGGGAGGUUACGAUGAGAUGAACAAGGUGCAGAAGACUUGGAGCAGCCUUGCCGCUGAGCUUGGUAUGCAUCAUACGGAUAGCAAGGGAAUCGGCCAGCUGUCGUUUCAAUUGAAACAGGACUUUUACCGAUACCUUGCUGCCUACUGGGUGAAGGACCAAUACGGCAAAGAACCUCCGCCCAAGGAGAUACUAGAGCAGCAGUCAUGCGCUAGUAAGUUCGGACCUGUUCUAACUCGUACUGUGGACAAUUUCAAGAAAUUCCUGUCCUCCGGCCGCUCUGGCGUAGAGACGCCUACUAGGGAUGAGCGGCAAGGUGAAGGUACUCCCGUUUCGGGCGACAGAGCUUCUGGACGACUCCGUGAAGCUCCUCCUCGACGAGUACCCUUCCAACCGGAGACUGGUCCGAGUCGCCAACCUAGACAAUCAUCUUCUCAUCAUUCCACACCCACGGCCGCAGCUAUGAAUACAGCCCAUCAUCCGACUACUCCUCACUCCCAACACCCCAACCACCACCUCACCCAACAUCACAAUCCGAACAACCCUUUGCACCUCAUACAAGCUCAACAAGCAGCUGUUCGUGGCGCCUCGGGCGCAUUUACACCUACGAACCCGGAGAAUGGAUCCCGCUUAGCGGAGAUGGUCGAUCCGCACCCCCCUAUAUCCGUACCUAUCCGCCCCGUAAGUACUCCGGCGAACAACCCCGAGUUCGCAAAGCGACAACGCCAGUUACGCAUGGCGGCCAAUCCAGAUAUACAGCUGCCUGUUCGUCCGUCCAUCCCGGGUGGCGGCUUUGAAGGGCCCAAUAUUUAUAUGCGCUGUCUACAAGCCCUCCGUUCAGGAAUACCUGAGGAACAGUCGUUUGCCCUUAACCACCUCGUUAAGAUAUCAUUUGAACGGGGUGAUAAGUACAAGUUCGAGUCGUUCCUUGGUUUAGCAGAGGGUCUGAUUGAGAAGGCCCUUGAGAUCGGUAACCUGUUCUACCAUGUCCAGUGGCAAGUAACCUAUCUCAACGACCCAGUGCCGGAAAAUUCGGAUGUCGCCUUUCUAGACGGGCUCAACGGAACUGGUGAUAUUCUUGAACGAAUCGCAAAAUUAUCACCCAAACCUAUUCUUGAUCAUAUGCAGUCUGCAGAGUUCAGCGACCGCCUACUACGAAUUACAGAAGCGGUCCUAACUAUUCGUAAUAUGGUUAUGCUAGUUGAGAACGCUGUGUAUAUGGCGGAAGUGUUUUCUCUGCGGGAUCUGUUAUGCAUCAUUCUUCGGCUCCCGAAUCUAGAGAUGCUUGUUGAGAUCAAGCAUUUCGCUCUGGACAUUGCCGAGCAACUCACACCUUGGCUCAGCCUCGAUUCUGGAGACCCACUGUACCAGACACUCCUAUCCCAGCUAGAUUCGUCAGAUCGAGGCACAAUCCUCACAUCUCUCCGUGCGAUCAGUCGUAUAUCGAUGAAUCUAGACGCAACAAACAGGAUGCAGAAUGUUCCCGCUGCUGUCUUGCAGAACAUUAUGAAUUGGAUUCUGCUUAAUGAUGAGGAGCUUGUUGAUGCAUGUCUCGACUUCCUCUACCAAUAUCUAGCAGUGGUAGCAAACGUUGAAACCGCGCUCAAGGCUGUUAACAUGGAGCAUGUUACUACGCAUCUUAUUAGGCUGCUAGGUCAUGGUUCUAAGCGGGUUAAGGAGGAACGAAUUCUCGAACCAGAACGAAUAGCUCCAGCCACAGAAGAGGUUUCGCCUCUACCUCCGGAUCUUCAGGAGAAACUAACACACACCGACGAACCCACCAGAUGCCAUCAAUGGCUUCAGAGCGUAUUCGAGGAGACCCCCGGUUCUCAGAUCACGCAGAUUGCCAUAUGGCACGCUUACCAAAACGCCUUUGGUGCCUUGGUCAACGGACCAAAGCCUGCUCUUGGCGCGGCAGAAUUCAUUCGAACUGUCAGUGCGGUUUAUGAGACUGCUCGAGCUUCGGUUAUUAGACGCCAACGUCCCGAUCAGACGGAUAUCUUUAUUAUCAAUGGCAUAAGAGCCAGACGUCUGCCGAUACACCCCGAGACGAAGGAGGAAUACUCCCCUUGUCAGUGGAUGGUGACCAAAGGCCCGUACUCAAAGAAGUGCGGCUUGUACUUCCUUGGUGGGGAGAAGAUGUGGGAGCACGUCGUUACUGCUCAUCUAGGCAUCACCAUCGGCGAAGGAGGUAAAAUCCAGGAUAGAGAGAUCCAAUUAUCCUGUGAUUGGGAGGGCUGCGUCAAGUACGCGAAACCUACUCGGAUGAAGUUGUCUGAACUCACCCGCCACACGAAGACCCACUUCCCCUCGCAGAAGCGCCUACUCAACGAGGGACCAGACUCGCUGGCUAAGCGACAGCGCAAGUCCUACGUCGUCCCCGCGAAGACUAUGAGUCUUACUUGGGAGCAGACGCUCGUCACUCGCGACGAGAGAAACCCCAAGGUUGAGCAGGCAGCCGGCAUUCCACUAAGCGCUGCGCUAGUGUUGUGCAACAUCGCGCGCAAUGUAGUCAAGACGGAGUCAGAGGAGCAGCUCCUCAAGCAGCAUGAGAUGGGUGGAGAGGGUGGUGGCUGGAACGAGAGACUGUUCCGCCCUGUUAUGCCGAGACUGUACGAGGUAUUGACGGAGAACAAGGCUCUGUCUACUUACAUCACCACGCUCCUACAACUCGUGCAGGAUGACUAGGAUGUUUUAGGCAGAAGAAACUCAAAGAGAAGCAAGUGGGAAAAAAACAACAACAACGAUGUAAUUCUAGAUUUCGUGGUUACGAAACCGGCACGGAAAGGAAACUUGAACUUUGAUCUUUUGUCGCACCGCACAUGAUCACACGGAGGAAUACAGGCAAUACCCAGGCGUUUUUUACGAAAGUCGGGACUUUUUUCGAAGGAUGGACCACAUUGUUGCAUAAAAAAAUUCCUAAUCCCUUUCCCCCCCCCCCCCCGCCAUUGAAUCUUUCUGUUCCCAAUUUCCGUACGCACCUUCUGGGCAAGCAGGCGUGAGGUUUUCCAUCUGGUUCAUAGACGGGUCAGCCGUGAAGGAAUUUGGCUACGUAACUUAGGUAGCUAGCUAGCUGGAUGUAGAUGAUCCUGACGCGGGUUUCCCGUCGUCUGAGAUACAUAUCCUCUACUUAAUGAAUCAUAAGCCCCCCCCAAA